AUGAAAGGCGGCAUUCUGCGGCAGCUAGCGGUGCUGAGGGGCGUGCGCCACAACUUCCUCACGGAGGGCCCGGUGGGCAUUCUUCGGCAGCUGGCGGUGCUGAGGGACUUGCGUCACAACUUCCUCACAGAGGGUCCGGUGGGCAUCCUGCGGCAGCUAGCGGUGCUGCGGGAUGUGGUGGCGCUGGUGGACCCCGAGCUGGCCUCGCACCUGGAGGAGCUGGGAGCCGACAACUUCAUGUUCGCCUUCCGCAUGCUGCUCGUGCUCUUUAGACGGGAGCUGCCACUCUCGGACGUGAUCGUCAUGUGGGAGAUGAUGUGGGCGGCGGACUAUGAUCCGCGCAUGGCAGCAGUGCUGCUGCACCACCCCCCCGAAGGCCUCUCCCUGGCAGCCGAACCCCUCGCCUGGUCCGCGGGUCUCCCCCCUCUCCAACCCCCCUCCACCGCCUCCAACUCCUCCCCCACACACCCCGCACACUCCGCACACUCUUCCCUCCCCCCGACACACCCCGACCCCUCCCCCUUCCCCGCCAUGCCCCCCAUCCCCCCGUCUCUUCCCCCGGUGCUUGCCCUGGGGCUGGGGAAGCGGUCUGGGCGGAAGGGGGGGAGCAUGGGGGGGGGGGGCAUGGGGGGAGUGGGGGGGGCGGAGGGGGCGGGGGGGAGGGGGAUGUCGCGGUGGGGGGAGGCGCGGGUGGGGGAUGAGGACCUAGCCGUGUUCUGUGUGGCGGCCAUUCUGAGAGCCAACCGCAAGCGCCUUCUGCAAGUGGAGGGCUCAGACGAAGCCAUUAAGAUGUUCAGCAAUGUGGAGCUGGUGCUGGAUGUGGCAUCGUGUGUGCACCUCGCCUUUGGAGACCUCUCUGAGGCCCCCCAAUGA